CAUUGGGACGAAUUAACCCUCAAGGCAGGUGCGCAGUGACGUCAUCUGACAGACGACAGCUGAUUUUGACAGAACUUGGAAAAGGCAAAGAAGAUGAGUGCGUAUGAGGAUUCUCAAGAAGAGAGACAGGAUGAUUUGCCCUCUCAGUCUCAGGACUUAUUUCCGGAGGAGGUCCAAAGUUCUGCAUCACUAGAUGACAACAUUGGAAGGCAGAUAUUGGCUGAGUUGAAGAGUCUGCAGAAUAGGAUGGGCAAGAUGGAAGAGAAUAUGACAGAAAUGCAGAGGAAAUUACUAAAUGCAGAAAAGAAAGCUGCAUUUAGUAUUGAUUCCUGUACAUUUAAGAAAAAACUUUGCAGCUACUUGAAAGACAGAUUUACUUCUAAUCCAUGGCUGGAGCCAACUUCUGAUGUAGAAUUUAAGAAUGAAGUUAAAAAAUUUCUGAGAGCUGAUGGGCUGGCAAAGGACACUUCUGCUUAUAAACAGGUAGUGUCAUUUUCCAGUUCAAAGUAUGCAGAUUUAAGAAAUCAGCUACGUAGAAAGAUUUUCCAAGAGUUGACAGAGGGGAAGAAUGACCUCCAAAGCCUGCAGAUAGAUGAUUUUGCAAAAGUCAUCCUAAGCAGUUUCUGCAGUGCUUUGGAGAGUUAUGAUUCCCAAGAGAGAAUUAAACUCUGUUUGGUACUUAGAUCAUUCCUGCAUAAGAGGGGACUCUUUGCAACAAAGCAGUCAAUUCCAGAUUUCUGGGAUAAAUUUAAGAACUACUUCAUGGAAACCACCAAGGGGGCUAAUGACGAGAAGUGGGAGAAAUUGGCAGGAAUUGAUUCUCGUCGAAUUAUUAAGAGAUUGGAAGUUUUGGGUAAGAAUAGCUAAGUUAUUAAACAAAAUAUGAAGGAGUAUAUGUACGUACAGUAACUAUGUUAUUCAUACCUAAAUUGUUGUGUUAAAAUGCACAUUUAAAGACCCCUUUCAACUGCUAUAUCGCUAUAAACAUGCUAAAGCAUCAAGUUACCUCAUGAAAUCUUAAAUUUUAAAUUAAUAAGGAGUUGUGGUUUGAUUGGGUAUGGGACAAUUAUCUUAAACAAAGAGUGUCCAUGUGAAGUAGAUUUUAGCAAUAAAAGGUCCCUUUACAACCUUCAACAAUGAGCACAACUCAUAAUGUAUAGUAAGCUAUAAAAUGCUAUAAAAGGCUAGGACAUGUAAAAACUUGAAAAUUUAAAUGAAUACAUCGAUGGUCUAGUUAUGAAAAAACUGUCAAUGAUAAACAGAUAUUGCAACCAGCAACCAACUACAACCAAAAAAGUAUAGACUCAUAAAUAGUCGGUCAACCACAAAUACCAAUUAACAUGACCAAUUUGAAUCUCAGUUACACACUUUUCACACAUGUUGUUUCCCUUUGUCAAUUGAAGACUCAGGUUCUUACUGGAUAAAAAAGAUUAUAAGUGAUAUAUAUGGUAACAGGAAUGUUAAAGAAUUUUUGAGAAAAAAAUAUUAUUAAUACAUAAUGAUUUUAGCUUAACAAAAGGAAUAAAUGGAAUGAAAAGAUUUUGAAAAACUUUGUUUUCUCAGACUAGAGUAUCAAUCCAUCCACAUUCAACAGAGUGAAUACUUCCAAUAAAUCGUCAGAGAAAAGCAUGACUGUUAAAUCAUCAUACAACAACAAAAAAAUCAUGAUGAUAAAAAUUGGGAUAUAAUAUCCCCUUUUGUAUAAGAAUUGAACAAGCAAUUUGAAGCAAACCCAUUAAACUUUCAACCAAAGCAAUAAAGAGAAAACUAGCGGAUGAAUGUGUAUAGACACUUAAAAAAACUGUUCAGUUAGUAAUCAUGAGCAAAAUGUUUCUUAAAAUUUGAUUUCCUGUUGACCAUCACUGUUUCUAAAGCUUUCAUUUAUUCUAAAUACUCAAGUUUUCUUUUUUU